AUGGAGAGAGCAGAAGAAAAGAUAAAAGACACAGCGCUUGAAGAAGAGCUAGUUGCAGAGAGCUCCAAACAGCACGAGGGAAAUCCUGUUGAGCACAGCAUUGAGAAGAUUAAAAAGGAGCAGGCAGAGGUCGAGGAAAGCAUCCACUCUGCUCUUGCAAAGAUUGUAAAAAAGUUCUCCGGUCUGGGAAUCGAUGUUUUGCAAUGCACAAAGCUGGAUAUUGAGGGAGCAGACGUGGAAAAAGAGGUAGAGUUUUUGAGAAAAUGCCAUCUGCUGAAGGAAAGCAACGAGCGUGCUCUUCUGAGACUGAAGAUUGGCCGCGUGACAGAGGAGUUUAUGAGCACGCUGGAAAGUGUUGCCAGUGCAGCAAAGAGUCUGAGCGAGUGGGCUGCGAAUGUCCAGAGAUCCAUAAAAGAGAUAGAAGACACGGUUGUAGAGCGCAAUACACUGAGCGAGGUGUACACAGGCGCAUACAUAGUAGAAAAGUACGAAAAGUUUGCGCAGGACGUAGCGCCCGUGGAGUACAUUCUAGAACAGGCGUGUCUGAUAGCCAGCCGCCACAGAGAUAUUUUUCCAGAAAAGGAAAGAGCAGAUUUCCUUCUAUCAGAAAGCUUUAUAAAGCUGUCCUCCCAGGAAGAGCGCGUUCUUAGACAUCUUCUAUCUGUAGCACUUGAUUAA